UUCUUUCUCCUUUAAUGUUAAGGCAACGAUAUAUUCCUGUCAUCAGUUAUGAAACUGAUUAACUAUUUCUCAAUUGUUUAGAUACGAGUAGACAUACGCAAUUCUUGGGCGCAUUGUGACUUCAGAAAUUGGACCAGAGAAAAAUAUAGAAAUUGUUUCCAUAUAAUGGGCCAUUUCGUCAAGGAUCUUAGUCUGAGUGACCCUGAAAGGAAAAGAAGUUUAGGAGAACUCAAAACAUGGGUAGCAAAUGGUCAGAAUUAUUUUCUGAGUGAAACAAAACGUGGUGUUGAGAUAGCGGAUGAAAUACGUCUACAGACUCUUGUUCUAUUAGAAUAUGUACAGCAUGGUUUGACUGAAACAGACAUUCAAAUUAUCAAAGUGAAAGAAGAAUUACAAUAUUUAGAAAACGGUUUACAGGGAAGGAUAAGAAACUUAGAAAUGAAAACGAAGGAACUAGACGAAAAACUAAGUAUUGUGUGCGAAGAAAUGAGGAACAAACGAGUUGAAGAUCGUCAUUCGAAAUAUUUUGGAGGAUCGACAGUCAGGGAAGAAGAUAAUGAAAUACGAAUAGUACUUAUUGGACGUACAGGACACGGGAAAAGUGCAACAGGAAAUAGUCUUUUGGGUUGCAAUCAUUUUCUAUCAAAACCUUGUGGUUCUUCAGUAACGGAAAGUUGUAAUAUCGGAGAAUCUGUACGGGAAGGGAAAAACAUAGUUAUAGUUGAUACACCCGGGUUAUUCGAUACGAAAACGACGAAUGAAACUGUUACGAAGGAGAUAGCAAGAUGUAUUGCAAUGACAUCACCUGGACUUCACGCAAUGGUCCUUGUUGAAAGUGUUAGUCGAUUUACGCCGGAAGAAAAAGCUACAGUCAAACAUUAUGUCGAUAACUUUGGUGAAGGUGUUCUUCGCUAUAUGAUUGUACUUUUUACUAGAAAGGAAGACCUUUCGAUAGCAAAUCAAUCGAUUGAUCAAUACGUUCAAACUGUUCCGGAGUAUCUUAAAACUAUACUUGGUAAGUGCGGUAAUAGAUACCUUGCGUUUAACAAUCACGCGGUUGGACAAUCUCAAUCAGAUCAAGUUGAUUCCUUUUUUAAAAUGGUAGAGUCGAUGGGCGAGAAAAAUGGCGGAUCUUGUUAUACAAACGAAAUGUACAAAGAAGCAGAACGUGCACUACAAAGGAGGAUGCGUAAAGAUAAGGAAGAAAAGGAAAAGCAAUUGGAAGAAGAAAAAGAAGCAUAUAGAAAAAAAGUAGAUGAUAAAUACGAGAAAAAAAUAGAAAAAGAAAAAGAAACCGUUCGUGAAUUGGAAAAAGCCUUGAAAUCGAAAAAUAUAGAAUCGGACAUAGUCAAAAUAAAUCUACAAAAACAACUUGAAGAAGCAAACCAAAAAAUGAAAUCGGUGUUUGAGAAUAAAGAAAAAGAAAUACGGGAGCAAAUAAAGAAAACUGAAGACAAAUUCAAACCAAUUAUAACCGAAAAUGCGUUGAGAAGGAAUCAAAGAAAUCAUAUUGAAAACGAAGAUUCAUUUUGUCAGAUAUUAUGAGAGGAUAAGUUUCUUUUGACGGAUUGUUUGGUUUGUAAAUAGAUGAGUUUAAAACAGAAUAAAAGUGUAAUUCAAAAUUAAAAAGAAUAAUGCGAAAUUGUU